UUUGGGAUAAAUAAAGUGCGAUUACUGUAAAUGGUCUCGAAAAGAUGGGAAAGAAAGUCAUUUAAACAGCAGGGUUUUCAUCGCUUGGAGAUUUCCAUGAUAAUGAAUCGUAUCGAGUGAUAUUCCAGGCAAAAAUACGACGGAGUUAGAGCAAUGUGAAGUCAGGAAAGAUGAAAGAUGCAAGCGGUCCCAAAAGCUCAAGGCCCAAUUCUGAUCUCGACGACAGUGACCCGAAACGCCGUUCAGAUACCAAGGAGAAACAGAAGAGGAAAAAGCUGCGAAAACGGCGAGGCUCUAGCUCGCCUGAAGAGGACAUUAUCGAUGGUUUCGUGAUUGCAUCGUAUUCAAGUCUUUGCAAUUUAGAGAUUCUGUCCUCUUGCAACGCAUCUGAUAGUCUACCUCCAUUGGAACAAAAUGAUGUUGAGAAAUCAAAGGGGAUACAAGAGAUUGACGAAAAGGUGCCCAGACCAGCUGUUUUGAGCAAUGAGAAAGUAUCUGAUUCCAAAGAAAACAAGGAUGUUGUGGUGAGAGAGAUCAGCAAUGGUAAUGAUUCCCACAAAGAAGUCAGCUUGUCAAGACAAUUAUCACCUGGCCGUAUGACUGAUGACAGUUCAGACUCAGGCAAUUCUGGAAAAGGCUACAUUUGUGAUGGUGAAAGCGAUGAUGAACAAGUUCCACCAGAGAAGAAACCUAAACCAUCUUUAUUGUCAGCACCAGUUGCAGAAACGAAGCCAAAAGAAGAAGUGGUUGUGGAUCUCUCAAAAGACGACGACGAAGAAGAUGCUGUUAAAAAGGAAAAAUCAUUUCAGAUUGCUUUUGAUACACAAAAGUCAAUUUUAUCUCCCAAGUCGAGCAGUUUUCACACUCCGUCGCUGUCGUUCUCAUCGUCUUCAUCCCUCACUAUCUCCCAAUCACCACGGACUAUCCCUCAAAGUUCAUGGCUACCCCGACUCACGUCCUCAUUCAAGAAACCAUUAUCCGUAGUUGAGCCUUGCUAUGGCGCGGGAACUUAUUCAGGUCCUGAAGCUCUGCAUCAGGAGCUAAACAACCGUUUCCUCCAAUCUCACUCGGAGCUUGAGAGAAACCCUCAACAUUCCAAACCGAGCAGUCGCGAGAUGCACCAACAUUCUCAUCUCCAUCAUCACCAACACCAACAUACCCACUAUUAUCCAUCGCCGCUCCUCGCCUCAUCGUAUUUCCCCUCGCCAGCCCCAGCGCCAAGAGUGCUGUCGCCAUUUUCGACCCCAGUUCCCACGUACCAUUCCCGCGUGAUUUCACCGUUCAACAAGAAAACGGGAAAAUGGUGUUCAGCGCAUGUACGAAUUGCUUGGGAAAUAUUUUAUAAUCAACGGGGAGAGAUAUCAAAAGACCCCCACGCGAAGCUUGAAGGGAUUUCGAUCAGCAAACCCAGCACCGCAAUUAUCCCUCCGUUUCCCUCACCGUCACGUCACGGGACUGGCGGUGACCUUGGAUACUCUCACCCUCAUUUCAGAAGGUUUUCCGGCUCCCCUUUCGGUAAACCUCCAUUACUUAUUCCCCGAAGCACUUCAACCACCAAUCCGGUGACGUCAUCGAUAUCAGCAUUCUCCUCAGUCUCCUCUCCACCGUUGGCUUCGCGCCGUCCUAGUAGCCCUCUUAUUAUACCUCGUUCAUCGUCGGAACCUGUCGGUAGACGCUCGCCAAGUUCCGGUACAUCAAUGCUUUAUCCUUGGCUUAAAUCCGAACCGAAAACGCCUGAUUUAGAGUCAGAAAAACACAGAAGGGAAUUUCACGCAAAGUCUCCUGGGCGGCCAAGUAAUUUUACUAUCCAGGCCCUUGCCGGUGACCGCACGGAAGCAAUUCGCCCCAGUAUACUCGGAGACUCAAGUCGGACCCAUUCUUCUAGAGAGCACCGGGCCUGUGAAACGAGAUCAUUCUUGGAUAACCCACUUGUUCCAAGUUUAGUGAGUUUGGAUAAGCGCCCGAUGGAUUAUCAUCGCCCGACCGCGGGUUCAAUUGAUCUGAAUCGAAAUUCUCUCUAUCCCAGACUUGAACCAAUGCACGCGCUGUAUUCACAUCACGUGCCGCCUUUAACACCGCAUAUGACAGGAUAUUAUCCCGGAUCGCCGUUCAUUACAGACUAUCACCCCGAGCCUGGACGAGGAAUGAUUCUAAGUGGCCGAGAUAGCAUGUCAUUGGUUCGUCCACCUGACAUCCCUUUCUACAUGAGACACGACUUGGAUGAGCGACUGAGUGGAAGACGAUGAUCUCGAGUUUUUUUGGGUUGGACUGCGUAGCCAGUUACUACCUAGCGUGCUGCUCAGUUAUUCGUUGCGUUUAUGUUUGAAAUUUCUUUCUGUUCCAGCAUUACUAAAUUCCUUAUUGGUUAUUGUAGGAUGCGAACGAAUUCUCUGGUCCAGUUGUGUAGUGAGAUCUGUGUGGGUAAACACGUGAGUCCAUAAUUUAAGUUUAGAGUAAAAUUUAGUAAAAAGGAUGCUAAUUUAAGUUAAAAUAUUCGGGAAAUGUUAAUGUAUUGCAAAUUAUUGUAGUGUAUAAGAGAUAUUGUAGUGUAGAAAUAUAUAUUUAGAGAUUUGCAAGAACGCCUGUAGUUAUGUCGGGAGAUUUCAGGGUGUUUUUGUACCUGGUUUUGACUUGAAUUUUCCCUGCGUAAUUAUGAUAGUUGUAUGUAUAUUACAUAUUGUAUAGAAAUAUAUAUUACAGAAUAAAUAUAUACUAAGUUGCUCUAAGUUAUAUUGUUGCUAGUAGGUUCAGGGUGAUUCUCCGUAAUUUGCUUGUAGUACG